UUUAAGUGGGAGAACUUGCACAAUCGGUGGCUGACUAAAUACUUUUUUGCCCCACUGUACAUGUGGGCGGACACGUUCGGUCCACUCGCCAAAGUAUCGCAACUGCCGAUACCGCAUCCCGGAUUCGACUCGGUAUCGGCUCGGACCGCCUAAUGAUUGUUUGUUCUCAGUGGUUACAGAACGUUCCCCGGGUCACGUGACACGGCCCCGGGUACGUCUUGCUUCGUGUCACACCGAGGGUGUGCGCGUGCGCACGCGCGCGGACUCCCGCAGACCUGCGAUUUGGCGGCGGCGGCGGCGGCGCCAUUUCCACUGCAGUCGGCGUCCAGCAGCCAAGCAUGUUGUCGCGGGUGCUGAUGACCGGGACGGGGCCGCGGCUUCACCUAGCUGUCUUCUCUUCUUCUUCUUCUUCUUCUUCUUCUUCUUCUUCCACCUGCAGCAGCAUGAAGGAAGGAGUAAAGAAGAGCAUGAAGGAGGAAGGAGAAGGAGUAAAGAUGAGUGCACUUAAGAGCAUGAAGGAGGAAGGAGAAGGAGUGAAGAUGAGUGCACUUAAGAGCAUGGAGGAGCUGCAAGGACCCAGCUUCCUCACCACACUUUACUGGCUCUUUGGCAAGAGAUACUUCAACACCACGCAUCAGAUGCAAAUCGAGCACAAGAAGAUCUACGGGGCCCUGUGGAAGUCCACCUAUGGCCCCCUAGUGGUGGUGAACGUGGCCAGCGCCCAGCUGAUCGAGGAGGUGCUGAGACAAGAAGGACCACUUCCUGUCCGCACUGACAUGCCACACUGGAGGGCCUACAGGGAGCUGCGGCAUCAAGCCCACGGGCCCCUCUCAGAGAUGGGCAUAAAGUGGCAUCGUAUUCGCAGUAUUCUGAACCCGCGCCUACUGAAGCCGCACCACGUGGGGUCCUACUCUGGCAGGAUCAACCAGGUGGUCCAGGACUUGGUGGUCCGCCUGCGCUGGCUGAGGACUACCAGUGGUGACGGGGUGAUGGUUCACCAGGUCACCCAGGAACUCUACAAGUUUGCCUUUGAAGGCAUCUGCUCGGUGGUGUUUGAGAGCAGGAUGGGAUGUUUGGAGCAGAAAGUUCCAGAAGAGACUCAGAAGUUCAUCUGGUCUGUAGGAGAAAUGUUCCGUUUGUCUCCCAUCAUAGUCCUCUUCCCCACAUCUCUGUGGCCUUACCUGCCCUACUGGAACACCUUUGUCUCCGUCUGGGAUCACCUCUUUCUAGUCUCUGAGGUUCUGGUGCAGAAGAAGAUGGAGGAGCUGGAGCAGCAGCAGCAUGAGGAUGUGGACCUGGAAGGUGCGUACCUGACUCACCUGCUCCUCAGCCAGCAGAUGAGCAUGUCAGAGAUCCUGGGCAGCGUGACGGAGCUCCUCCUGGCGGGUGUGGACACGACCUCCAACACCAUCUCCUGGGCUUUGUACCACCUGGCCAGGGAACCCGCCAUCCAGGAGAGGCUGCACCAGGAAGUGCUGCGCAUUUGCCCCGCCCACAGGAUGCCCGACGGCGAGGACGUGGCCAAGAUGCCCUACCUGAAGGCGGUGGUGAGGGAGACGCUGAGGAUGUAUCCUGUGGUGCCAGGGAACGCUCGCCUUACCGUGGACGGUGACGUCGUGGUGGGAGGACAUCUUUUUCCUAAAGGGACUCUCUUCCACCUGUGUCACUACGCCGUGUCGAUGGACGAGAGCGUGUUCCCCGACCCGCACGCCUUCCUGCCGGAGCGAUGGCUACGGGGUGGCGAGGAGAAGGCCAAGCCACACCCCUUUGGAUCGGUGCCGUUCGGCUUCGGGGUGCGGGCGUGUCUGGGCCGGCGUGUGGCGGAGCUGGAGAUGUACCUGCUGCUAGUCACGCUCAUCAAAGAGUUUGAGGUGAGGCCCGACCCCGCUGGGACCGUCGUCACACCCAUCACCAGAACCCUCCUGUGCCCGGCCACGCCCAUCAACCUCCUUUUUGUGGACCGCUGAGGUGAGGAGGCGGAGUCUCUAUGCCACACCUGCACUUUCUGUUGCCACGUUUGACACAAACUCACAUUUUCUUAUUCGUAUUUCAUAUUAGAUAUUAGAUAUUUCAUAUUUCCAUCCAUCCAUCUUCUUCCGCUUAUCCGAGGUGGGGUCGCGGGGGCAGCAGCCUAAGCAGGCAAGCCCAGACUUCCUUUUCCCCAGCAACUUGGUCCAGAUCCUCUCAGGGGAUCCCGAGGCGUUCCCAGGCCAGCCGGGAGACAUAGUCUACCCAACGUGUCCUGGGUCUUCCUCGUGGUCUCCUACUGGUCAGAUGUGCCCUAAACACCUCCCUAGGGAGGCAUCCUGACCAGAUGCCCGAACCACCUCAUCUGGCUCCUCUCCAUGUGGAGGAGCAGUGACUUUACUUUGAGCUCCUCCCGUUUGACAGAGCUUCUCACCCUAUCUCUAAGGGAGAGACCCACCACCCGGCGGAGGAAACUCAUUUGGGCCGCCUGUACCCGUGAUCUUGUCCUUUCGGUCAUAACCCAAAGCUCAUGACCAUAGGUGAGGAUGGGAACGUAGAUCGACUGCUAAAUUGAGAGCUUUGCCUUCCGGCUCGCGAUGGAUUGAUACAGCGUCCGCAUUACUGAAGACGCCGCACCGAUCCGCCUUUCCAUCUCACCAUCCACUCUUCCCUCACUCGUGAACAAGACUCCUAGGUACUUGAACUCCUCCACUUGGGGCAGGGUCUCCUCCCCAACCCGGAGAUGGCACUCCACCCUUUUCCGGGCGAGAACCAUGGACUCGGACUUGGAGGUGCUGAUUCUCAUCCCAGUCACUUCAAUCCAAUUUGCCACCAAGGAGUUUUUCACCUCAGCCCCAGAAAUAGGAGAGCCCACCACAGAUUCCCCAGGCGCUGCUUCCUCAUAGGAAGACGUGUUGGUGGGAUUGAGGAGGUCUUUGAAGUAUUCCCUCCAUCCAUCCACAACACCCGCGGUGGAGGUCAGCAGCACACCAUCCUCACCAUACACCGUGUUGACAGUGCACUGCUUCCCCUUCCUAAGGCGGAAGAUGGUGGUCUAUCCAGAAUCGUUUUCCAUGGCUUCACCAAACUCCUCCCAUGUCUAAGUUUUUACCUCUGCGAGCGCUGAAGCUGCACACCGCUUGGCCUGUUGGUACCUGUCUGCUGCCUCCGGAGUCCUAUGAGCCUAAGGAACCCGAUAAGACUCUUUCUUCAGCUUGACGGCAUCCUUCACGGUUUUAGGAUUACUGCCACGACAGGCACCAACAACCUUGCGGCCACAGCUCCAAUCGGCCGCCUGGACAAUGAAGGUGUGGAACAUGGUCCACUAGGACUCAAUGUCCAGCACCUCCCUGGUCAAUAGAGGUGUGGAACAUGGUCCACUAGGACUCAAUGUCCAGCACCACUCUGGUAAAUAGAGGUGUGGAACAUGGUCCACUCGGACUCAAUGUCCAGCACCUCCCUCGUGACAUGUUCAAAGGUCUUCCGGAGGUGGGAAUUGAAACUCUCUCUGACAGGACGUUCCCAGCAGACCCUCACAAUGCGUUUGGGCCUGCCAGGUGUGUCCGGCAUCCUCCCCCACCAUCGCAGCCAACUCACCACCAGGUGGUGAUCGGUGAAAGGCUCCGCCCCUCUCUUCACCCGAGUGUCCAAAACAUGAGGCCGCAAAUCCGAUGACACAACUACAAAGUGGAUCAUGGAACUGUGUCCUGGUGCCAAGUGCACAUAUGGACACCCUUAUGUUUGAACAUGCUGUUUGUUAUGGACAAUCUAGGACCAGCACUAAAGUCCAAUAACUAAACACCACUCGGGUUCAGAUCCGAUCCCAAUCACGCCUCUCCAGGUCUCACUGUUGUUGCCAACAUGAGCGUUGAAGUCCCCCAGUAGGACAAGGGAGUCACCGGGGGGCGCACUCUCUGUGGGGCGGUAUAGCUCAGUUGGUAGAGUGGCCGUGCCAGCAACUUGAGGGUUCCAGGUUCGAUCCCCGCUUCUGCCGUCCUAGUCACUGCCGUUGUGUCCUUGGGCAAGACACUUGACCCACCUGCUCCCAGUGCCACCCACACUGCUUUAAAUGUAACUUAGAUAUUGGCUUUCACUAUGUAAAGUGCUUUGAGUCACAAGGGAAAAGCGCUAUAUAAAUAUAAUUCACUUCACACUUCACUCUCCAGUGCUCCCUCGAGGGAAUCCAAAGGGGUGGGUACUCUGAGCUGCUGUUUGGUGCGUAAGCACAAGCAACAGUCAGGACCCGUACCCUCACCCAAAGGCGGAGGGAAGCUACCCUCUGGUCCACUGGGUUGAACUCCAUCAUGGAGGCUUUGAACCCUCUGGUCCACUGGGUUGAACUCCAUCAUGGAGGCUUUGGACCCUCUGGUCCACUGGGUUGAACUCCAUCAUGGAGGCUUUGAACCCUCUGGUCAACUGGGUUGAACUCUAUCAUGGAGGCUUUGAACCCUCUGGUCCACUGGGUUGAACUCCAUCAUGGAGGCUUUGAACCCUCUAGUCCACUGAGUUGAACUCCAUCAUGGAGGCUUUGAACCCUCUGGUCCACUGGGUUGAACUCCAUCAUGGAGGCUUUGAACCCUCUGGUCCACUGGGUUGAACUCCAUCAUGGAGACUUUGAACCCUCUGGUCCACUGGGUUGAACUCCAUCAUGGAGGCUUUGAACCCUCUGGUCCACUGGGUUGAACUCCAUCAUGGAGGCUUUGAACCCUCUGGUCCACUGGGUUGAACUCCAUCAUGGAGGCUUUGAACCCUCCGGUCCACUGGGUUGAACUCCAUCAUGGAGGCUUUGAACCCUCUGGUCCACUGGGUUGAACUCCAUCAUGGAGGCUUUGAACCCUCCGGUCCACUGGGUUGGACUCCAUCAUGGAGGCUUUGAGCAACAAGAAUUGCCACCCCAGCUCGUCGCCUCUCACUGCGUGCAACACCAGAGUGGAAGAGAGCCCAGCCCCCCUGGAGAGAACUGCCUCCAGAGCCCUGGCUGUGCGAGGAAGUGAGUCUGACUAUAUCCAGCCAGAACCUCUCCACCUGGCGCACCAGCUCAGGCUCCUUCCUCCCCAGCCAGGUGACAUUCCACAUCUCAAGAGCUAGCUUAUGUAGCCCAGGAUGGGACCACCAAGUGCCCUGCCCCCCAGCUCACACCGCACCCCACCUCCAUGGCCCCUCCCAUGAGGGGUGGGCCCAUUGGAAGGGGACCCAGGUUGCUUCCUCAGGCUGUGACCGGCUGGGCCCCAUGGGGACUCGCCAUCCAGCCCCACCUCCAGAGUCCUUGCUCUUUGUUCUUUCAUAUUUCAUAUUUCAAUAUUAUUGAUUAUUGAUAUUAGAUAUUAGAUCAUUGAUUAUUGAUAUGAUAUAUUAGAUGAUUGAUUAUUGCUAUUAGAUCAUUGAUUAUUGAUAUUAGAUAUUAGAUGAUUGAUUGAGUUGCAAAAGAAUGUGUAGAAUGUGUCCACAUGAAAUGAAUAUUGAGUAAUAACACACAGAUAAAAAGAUGGGAAAGUUUGAACACUUGAUGUACUUAUUAUGUUAUUUGAUGACAUAUAUUAUUAUGUUACUUUAUGACAUAUAUUUUAUUAUGUUACUUUGACAUAUAUGUUAUGAUGUUACUUUAUGACAUAUAUGUUAUUAUGUUAUUUGAUGACAUAUAUGAAGUUGUUGGAAUAUUCUCACUUUUGACAAAUGAAACCCUGCACUAAAUGUUAUUUUUAUGAAUAAAAGAGCUGCUGGAA